GUGAGCGAAUGGAAUCUGGAGGGAUUGCCCAGUGACGAUUUGUCUGUACAGAACGCAAUCAUUGUCACCUCCGCCUCACGUUAUCCCCUCCUGAUUGAUCCGCAAUCACAGGGAAAGAAUUGGAUCAAACGUCACGAGGCCGCGAACGAUUUGAUGGUAAGCUUGUACUAA